AAAAUGGCUGGAUUUUAAUUCCCAGCUGGAUUUUUCCUUGGGAAAUUUGCCCUCAGGCACAGAAAGAGCUGAGUAAAGGGUGGAGCUCUCAGGUGAGUCAGGAAUCACGAGAGCUGAUCCAGGUAUAAAAAUCCAGGGAAGUGACAGCUCUUCCUGCCCUGCCCUGCCAGGGCUUGGUUGCAUUUCUUAUUAAAUAGAAAUCCUGGAUUUUUGGAAGGAAUUUUCAUUUUGGGAAGAGCCUCGGUUGUGUUUUCCUUUGGAUUUUUUUUCCUUGGUGAGAAGUUGGGAAAAAACACCGAGGGAAAAAAUUGUUCCCUGAGAAUUGCAUGGAUACAAAUCCAGCCUCUCCCGCUGGAUUCGAGAGCGUUUCCCUGGGAGCGGAGGCCGGGAAGAGCGGGCCCAUGAACGAGGACAUCCGGAUCCAUUCCUGGCCUUGCUCCUACUACCUGGACACCACCAAGCAAUGGAUUUCUGGGAAGCUCUCCCUGACUCCCGUCUCCAUCAAAUUCACGGCCGACAAAACGGGAGAGCUCCUGGUGGAUUCCCACCUUUCCGGCAUCAGCGAGAUCAAGAAGGAAUCUUCCCAUUUAAUCUUCAGCUCGCUGACCAUCCUGGAGAAGAGCACCAAGCACUGGUUCAGCUCCCUGCAUCCCAACAGGAAUGUGGUCUUCAACAUCCUGGAGCAUUUCUGGAGGGAGCAGCUGUUCUCCGGCCCGGAAGCUGGAGCGGGAGCGGCGUUGGAAUCCAGCAAGGGCAAGGAAUUAACGGGAAUGUUGGAGGGAUCCCAGAAACGCUUGGAGGACACGGCCAAGGUGCUGCAUUCCCAAGGGGAACAGUUCGACAACAUCAUGAGGGGACUCCAUAAGAUCGAGGGGGACAUGGAUGUGGCUGACAGGCUGCUGACGGAGCUGGAAUCUCCUUCCUGGUGGCCCUUCAGCAGCAAACUCUGGAAAACGCCGCUGGAAUGGAAGGCGAAGGAAACCCCUGCAGCUCCCGAUCCCAAAACCCAGGAAGGAAUCCUGCUGCGAAUUCCCGUGAUUAUCACCCACCGGACAGAUUCCAACGCCAAACCUGGAAAACUCACCCUCCUCCCUUCGGGCCUGGAGAUCAGGGACUGCAAUUCCCAGCUCCUGCACCGCUUCGAAUCCCGGGAUGUGGAUGAUAUCCGCGUGCACACUCCCUACGAGAUCAGCAUCCGGCAGAGAUUUAUCGGGAAGCCCGACAAUUGCUUCCGGCUCCUGUCCGCCCGCAUGCCGGAGGUGAUUCCCGUCCUGGAGAUGCAGUUCAGCAGGAAGAUGCAGUUCUUGGAGGAUGCCCUUGGAUUUGCUGGAGCCAGGAAGUCUCCGCAGGCGGAUUUGGGAACGUCCAUCUGGCAGGCAGCCGGCGGGAUUGUGGGAGCGGCGCUGAAUCCCGGAGUUCCGGCGGGAAACCGGGAAGGGAUGGGCACGGAGCAGCUGCAGCAGCACCAGGAGGUUUCCCGGGAAGAAGCCAAGGAGCUCCGACAGAUCCUGAAGAAGCUCAAGGGCCUGGCCCUGGAGACGGAAGCGGAGCUGGAGCGGCAGGACGAGGCCCUGGAUUCCAUCAGCAGCUCCGUGGAUCGCGCCACGCUCAACAUCGAGCGGCAGAACCGCAGGAUGAGGAAGCUGACGUAACAUCCCGGCGGGAACGGGAGCGCGGGCAAGAGCGGGAGGACGGGGGAGCCGGGAUUUUCGGGAUUGGUUUUUCCAGAGACGCUUUGGGAGGUGUUUGGGACGGUGUUUGGAAAAUGGUGCUGCUGGCGUCGAGUUCCUGAGGGGUUUGAAGCGGUUCCUGGACUUGGAUGAGGCUGGACCUUGGGUGAUGGCAGGACCUUGGAUGAGGUUGGACCUUGGAUGAUGGCUGGACCUUGGAUGAGGUUUGGACCUUGGAUGAGGUUUGGACCUUGGAUGAUGGCUGGACCUUGGAUGAUGGCUGGAUCUUGGAUGAUGGCUGGAUCUUGGAUGAUGGUUGGAUCUUGGAUGAUGGCUGGACCUUGGAUGAUGGUUGGAUCUUGGAUGAUGGCUAGAUCUUGGAUGAUGGCUGGAUCUUGGAUGUGGGUUGGAUCUUGGAUGAUGGCUGGAUCUUGGAUGAUGGUUGGAUCUUGGAUGAUGGCUGGAUCUUGGAUGAUGGCUGGACCUUGGAUGAUGGCUGGACCUUGGAUGAUGGCUGGAUCUUGGAUGGGGUUUGGAUCUUGGAUGAUGGCUGGAUCUUGGAUGAUGGUUGGACCUUGGAUGAGGUUUGGAUCUUGGAUGAUGGCUGGACCUUGGAUGAUGGCUGGACCUUGGAUGAUGGCUGGAUCUUGGAUGAUGGCUGGAUCUUGGAUGGGGUUUGGAUCUUGGAUGAUGGCUGGAUCUUGGAUGAGGUUUGGACCUUGGAUGAGGUUUGGAUCUUGGAUGAUGGCUGGACCUUGGAUGAUGGUUGGAUCUUGGAUGAGGUUUGGACCUUGGAUGAUGGCUGGACCUUGGAUGAUGGUUGGAUCUUGGAUGAUGGCUAGAUCUUGGAUGAUGGCUGGACCUUGGAUGAUGGCUGGAUCUUGGAUGAUGGCUGGAUCUUGGAUGAUGGCUGGACCUUGGAUGAUGGCUGGAUCUUGGAUGAUGGCUGGACCUUGGAUGAUGGCUGGACCUUGGAUGAUGGCUGGACCUUGGAUGAUGGCUGGACCUUGGAUGAUGGCUGGACCUUGGAUGAUGGUUGGAUCUUGGAUGAUGGCUAGAUCUUGGAUGAUGGCUGGACCUUGGAUGAUGGCUGGAUCUUGGAUGAUGGCUGGAUCUUGGAUGAUGGCUGGACCUUGGAUGAUGGCUGGACCUUGGAUGAUGGCUGGAUCUUGGAUGAUGGCUGGAUCUUGGAUGAUGGCUGGACCUUGGAUGAGGUUUGGACCUUGGAUGAUGGCUGGAUCUUGGAUGAGGUUGGACCUUGGAUGAGGUUGGACCUUGGAUGAUGGUUGGGUCUUGGAUGAUGGUUGGGUCUUGGAUGAUGGCUGGAUCUUGGAUGAUGGCUGGAUCUUGGAUGAGGUUGGAUCUUGGAUGAGGUUUGGAUCUUGGACGUUUGGAUCCUGGAUCAUAUUUGGAUCUUGGAUGAUGGCUGGAUCUUGGAUGAUGGUUGGAUCACGAAUGUGUGGAUCUUGGAUGAGGUUUGGAUCUUGGAUGUGGGUUGAAUGUUGGAUGAUGGUUGGGUCUUGGAUCAUGUUUGGAUCUUGGAUGUUGGGAUCUUGGAUGGGGUUUGGAUCUUGGAUGAGGUUGGACCUUGGGUGAUGGUUGGGUCUUGGAUGUUUGGAUCCUGGAUCACAUUUGGACCUUGGAUGAUGGCUGGAUCUUGGAUGGGGUUUGGAUCUUGGAUGAUGGUUGGAUCUUGGAUGGGGUUUGGAUCUUGGAUGAAGGUUGGAUCUUGGAUGAUGGCUGGACCUUGAACGUUUGGAUCGUGGAUCACGGUUGGGUCCUGGAUCACGGUUGGGUCCUGGAUCCCAUUUGGAUCGUGGAUCGUGGUUGGAUCCUGGAUCCCAUUUGCAUUGUGGAUCCCAUUUGGAUCCUGGAUCGUGGUUGGAUCCUGGAUCCCAUUUGCAUUGUGGAUCCCAUUUGCAUUGUGG